AUGGGGUUUGUAGAAGACGAACUCAAGCAUCUGCGCGAUGUGAUCAACGGCCUCGAUUCGCGCAUCAAGCAGCUCGAGCAGCGCGCUACGGGAGCUACCCCAAUUAGCACAGAGAGUCUUCGGAUGAUUCUCAUUGGGCCUCCAGGAGCUGGGAAGGGAACCCAAGCACCAAAGAUUAAAGAGCGCUUUUCCUGCUGCCACUUGGUGGCCAAGAAGACACCGCUCGGAAGAGAAGCCAAGAAAAUCAUGGACCAAGGUGGCCUUGUCAGUGACGAUAUUGUCAUUGGUAUGAUUAAGGAAGAGCUCGAGAACAACAAGGAAUGCCAGGGCGGAUUCAUUCUUGACGGCUUUCCUCGAACGGUGCCGCAGGCCGAAGGCCUCGAUGCCAUGCUUAAGGAGCGUGGCCAGACCCUCCAACACGCCGUCGAGCUCCAGAUCGACGACUCUCUGCUUGUUGCCCGAAUUACUGGUCGAUUGAUCCACCCGGCAUCUGGACGGUCUUACCACACGACCUUCAACCCCCCCAAGCAGGCUAUGAAGGAUGAUGUGACCGGAGAGCCUCUUAUCCAGAGGAGCGACGACAACGCCGACGCUCUCAAGAAACGUCUCGGCACUUAUCACCAGCAAACUGCUCCCGUAGUUGGCUACUACCAAAACAGCGGCAUCUGGAAGGGUAUUGAUGCCAGUCAGCAACCUGGUGAGGUGUGGAAGAAUAUGUUGGAUAUUUUAGAAGGAAAGAAAUCUCUGGGCUCUUCCGUCUUCAGCAAACUUGCCGGCAAGAGCUAA